AUGUAUGUCUUUAAAAUUAUCGCAAAUGGAAGUAUCAUAUGUAUUAUAGCAUUGUCGAAGUUAAUUUAUACAUUUAAAAUCGCAACUCCACCUUUACAAGCAUUUGAUGUAAUAGUAGUAGGAGGAGGCCAUGCAGGAACCGAAGCGGCGACAGCGGCGGCAAGAAUUGGAGCGAAAACAUUGUUAAUAACACCUAAAUUGUCAUCAAUAGGUGAAUUGAGCUGUAAUCCAAGCAUUGGAGGAAUAGGAAAGGGGAAUCUGGUGUGCGAAAUAGACGCAUUGGACGGAAUCAUGGGAAAAUGUGCAGACCUAUCAGCAAUAUCAUUCAGAUGUUUAAAUAGAUCAAAAGGACCAGCAGUAGUGGGACCAAGAGCACAAAUAGAUAGAGACCUGUAUAAGUUGCACAUAAGAGAACUGUUGAAAGAUUACAAGAACCUAUGGUUUCUAGAAGGACUAGUGGAAGAUGUUAUCCUAGAACACAGUAGUGAAGAUGGUAGUGUAACGAGAAGUGUCGCUGAUUGGAAUGAUGAGAAGGUCACCAAUGGGAACGAUGAUAAAGAUGAGAAGUUGGAAAACACGGAAGAUAAACUGAAAGUGAAGGGAGUUAAGCUGAAGGACGGCCAAGUGAUCAGGAGUAAAACAGUAAUACUUACAACGGGCACGUUUUUGAGAGGAAGAUGUCACAUAUCAAAGAAAACAAACCAGGGAGGAAGAAUAGAUAGAAUUACAGGAGAGUUUGAGAGUUCAUCAGAAGGGUUGGCAAGUGUAUUCAGCAAGUUAAAGAUAACCACAAAGCGUUUUAAAACAGGAACGCCCGCUAGAUUGGAUAAAAGUAGCAUCAAUUUCGAUGGAUUGGAGGAGCAACGUAGUGACGAGGAUCCCUUGUUCUUUUCAUAUUUGCACGAGGAUUUUAAAGUAACCAACAAGUUGAUAAAGUGUUACAAGACGAAGACGAAUCCGAAAGUCCACAAAAUAGUGAUGGAGAGUAUGGACACACUGCCAAAUUAUGAAUCAGGAUUAGGACCAAGAUACUGCCCAUCAAUAUCAGUGAAGGUGAAGAGGUUCGCUAAUAUAGAAUCGCACAUAAUAUGGCUUGAGCCAGAAGGGAUAAAUAGUGGAAUAAUAUAUCCAAACGGAUUAUCAGGGUCGUUUGAUAUAGAAACACAAAAGAAAAUGCUGAGGAAUAUAAAAGGGUUAGAAAACGUUAGAAUACUAACACCGGCGUACGAUGUGGAAUAUGAUCUGGUGGAUCCACGUAAUUUGAAGCAGACUUUGGAGUUGAAGCAGCUGAAUAAUCUGUACCUGGCAGGACAAAUAUGUGGAACGACAGGCUACGAAGAAGCAGGAGCACUGGGAAUAAUAGCAGGAAUAAACGCAGGUUUGAAAAGCCUGAAAAGAGAUGAGCACUUCAUACUUAACAGAGACGAAGGAUACCUGGGCAUAUUGAUAGACGAUUUGGUGAGAAAGGGAAUAAAUGAGCCUUACAGAAUGUUCACGUCGAGGUCAGAGUACCGUCUGCAGAACAGAGUGGACAACGGAGACCUGAGAAUGCUGAUAAAGGGGAUGAAGCACGGAGUGCUGAAAGAUAGAAGAAGAAUAGAGCUGAUGAAAGUAAAGUACCGCAAAUCAGUAGAGCUGAUAUCGUUGCUGAAGUCCCUGAGCUCAAGUAGAAGCUAUUGGGGAGUGAAAGAUGACAUACAGGGAAGAACAGCAUGGGAUAUGCUGAAGGCAGGAAGGAAGUAUGAAGAAAUAAAGAAGCAAGUAGAAGAGCUAUUGAGGAGCAUAAAAGAUAAUGAGUUUGAAGAAUUCUACAGAAAGUAUGAAAGGUACCAAAGGGAGGAGUUGCCACUGUCGAAUUUGGAAACGGAAGCAAUCAACUACCUGUUUGGGAUAAAUACCGAUGGCGUUUAUUGUGACAACAGUAAGAAUGAUAAAAGGGAGGAAUGGGCUGAGAGUAAAGCAGAAAAAAUGGGCGAUCACAAGGAAGAUCUAAAAAUUGGUGGAACAUGUAGAGUAGCAAAAACGCAUGAGUUGAUAGAGUUGAUCAACAGAGUAAAUAAACAUAUAGUAGCGUUUGUGGAAGCACAAGCAAAAUAUUCGUCAUUUGUAAGAAGAUACAAAAGUCAGUAUCACAAAGCAGUGACAGGGAAGAAGAUAUACAUACACCCAGAUAUAAAGUACAACAGGGAUAAUUUUAAAUUUAUGUCACACGAAGAAAUUGAAAUAUUGACAAAAAAAAGGCCGGAAACAAUACAGGAAGCAAUGGAACUUCCAGGAGUGACACCAGCAACGGUAGUACAUUUGAUGAAUUAUGUGAUAAAGGCCAAGUGA